AUGAAGACUCCAAUAAUCCUUUCAUCUUUCAUAUUCAUCCUUCUUGCCAUCAUCUCUUUGUUAUCAGCUGCUGCAGCUAAUAACGAUGAUCACGAAGAUUUUCUCGAGUGUCUCUCUGGACGAUACCACAACUCGAUUUCCAACGUGACAUAUACCCCAACCAACUCAUCCUACGCAUCCAUUCUCCGAUUUUCCAUCCACAACCUUAGAUUCACUUCCCAAUCGACACCGAGACCCCAAGUUAUCAUAACUCCCGAGCACGAGUCCCAAAUCCCGCAUGUCAUCCAUUGUGCUAGAGAAAACGACAUGGAGAUCAGAAUCCGAAGCGGGGGCCACGAUUACGAAGGAUUGUCCUACGUAUCCCAAGUCUCGUUUGUGAUCCUCGACUUAAUCAACUUUAGCGAGAUAACUGUCGAUCCAAAGGCAAAGACUGCAUGGGUCGGGUCGGGAGCAACUAUUGGCUCCUUGUACUACAGAAUUGCCGAACGAAGCUCGAUUCUCGGGUUUCCCGCCGGCGUUUGCCCGACCGUCGGCGUCGGCGGGCAUUUCAGCGGAGGCGGAUACGGAACGUUGCUCCGUAAAUACGGCCUCGCGGCCGACAACGUGAUCGACGCGAGAAUAGUCGACGCCAGCGGCAGAAUUCUCGACCGACGAUCGAUGGGCGAGGAUCUUUUCUGGGCCAUCCGGGGCGGAGGAGGCUCGAGUUUCGGUGUGAUACUUGCAUGGCAAGUGAAACUCGUUGAAGUCCCCGAACAAGUCACCGUCUUCACGGUCUCCCGAACUCUGGAGCAGAACGCGACUCUGCUCGUCCACCGAUGGCAGAGCAUUGCCCAUACGUUUGACCCGGACUUAUUCAUAAGGAUAUUGAUCACGAGGGCCAACUCUACUCAAAACGACCGAAACUUCACCGUUCGCGCUGCAUUCAACUCGAUUUUCCUUGGCGGAAUCGACAGGUUGAUUCCGAUUAUGCAACGAGAUUUCCCCGAGCUUGGGCUGACGAGAGAAGACUGCACCGAAAUGAGCUGGAUUGAGUCUAUCCUGUACUUCGCGGGCUUUCCAAUAGAAUCUCGCGACGUUUUGCUAAACAGGACACAACCCCGCGUGAGGUACUUCAAGGCAAAAUCUGAUUACGUGCGGAGGCCCAUUCCCGAACGUGGGCUCGAAGGCCUGUGGAGAAUAUUCUAUGAGCCGGAAGGCGAGGAUGCAGAGCUAAUCCUCAGCCCGUACGGCGGCAUAAUGGAUAAUAUUUCGGAGUCAGCAAUUCCAUUUCCUCACCGAGCAAGGAAUCUUUACAAAAUCCAGCAUUUGGCAUGGUGGCAAGAGAACAAUGCUCGGAAUUCGCAUAGGUACAUAAGUUGGAUUAGGCGGCUCUAUAGCUACAUGGCUCCUUACGUGUCGAGUUCGCCAAGGGCCGCGUAUAUUAACUAUAGAGAUCUCGAUAUUGGAGUUAACAACAAUGAAGGGAGGAUCGAUUAUGCGCGGGCAAGUGUUUGGGGGAGGAAAUAUUUCGGGAACAAUUUCGACCGGCUUGUUCGGGUGAAAACCGCGGUGGAUCCCGACAAUUUCUUUAGGAAUGAACAGAAAAUUGUCUCGAUCCACCGCGGUUUUCACCCGAACAAGCCGGUCGAAAUUAUUCCCGAAAUACUUCCUUCCCCAAAUGCUAGACCGCGCAUAACCGAUCAUCCCUUCAUUGCCGUUAACCAGGGCCGGCCCUGGGGCAGGGCCAGCAGGGCGACCGCCCAGGGCCCACCCAGGGCCCACAGAUUUUGA